AUUUACAAGCCGGAAAGUACUGAAUUAAGAACCGGAUGUGUCCUGUUGCUCCUGCGAAACGCUGGGGACAUGGCCACCGGGACAGACCAAGUAGUGGGAUUUGGCCUCGUCGCUGUUAGCCUGAUCAUCUUCACCUACUACACCACUUGGGUGAUUCUUUUGCCCUUCAUUGACAGCCAGCAUGUCAUCCACAAGUACUUCCUGCCUCGUGCCUAUGCUGUCCUCAUUCCACUGGCCACGGGCCUCCUGUUGCUCCUAUUUGUGGGGUUGUUUAUCACCUACGUGAUGCUGAAGAGCCGAAGGGUGACCAAGAAGGCUCAGUGAGGGUCCAGCAGGGAUGAGGAUACCAGCCUUCUCCAUAUCUCCUCCAGGAAAGGGACCAAGGGUCACACCCUGCUAGACAGUCAGCCCGGCUGUGCUGCAGCCCUCUUUGGGAGCUGGGGCUGCUUACAGCCCAACUGAUGACAAACUGGAGCCCUCUCCUCUCUUAUUCGUCCUUCCAGAAGCCAAGAGGAAGGUGGAUCGCGAAACCUCUCCCUCACCGCUACGGGCUCAGGGUCUGAACAUUGCUGGUCCUGUCCGCCUCAGGCAGUCAAGCUCCCUGCCACUCCCACAGGGUUCUGCUCUCUUGCCUGUUUUCCUCCUGCCAUGUGCUGAUAGGUGCAUCAGGCUCCAUGGUUGUGUGCAGCCAACCUGUCUCUUCACAUGGCAGCUCUUCUGAGUCUGACACUGUUCAGACUCCAUGAGGACCUCUGGACCCAGAAAAACCCUAGGGGAAGACUGACAAACCACAGAUCCCAAUUGACCUGUUUGGAAAAACUUACAAAUAAAUGUUGAUCAUGUUGGUGUUGUCUCUGCCA